UCGUCGCAACGUUCCAUUUCCCCUCCCCCUCUCGCUCCGUCUUGCUGCAACGUUCCAUCCGCUGCCUGCCCGCCGACGCUCCGAAGCAGGCCGCGGACGCUCCAUCGGCAGCCGCGCUGGCUGAGCCGGGCUUCCCGGGGCCUCGACGCCGUCCUCGUCCUCCUUCUCCUCGUCCUUCUUCUCCUCCUCCUCCUGCGGUUCCCACGCUCUUCUCCCGACUCUUCCCCCUCACGUGUCCCGGGCUCCCAGCUGGGGAAGGAGGGAGGGAGAGAACCGCUCGCUCGCUCUUUCCUUCUCACAUGACCCGAGUGUUUGUCCCCGUGAUCAGCGCCUCGGCUCCCGUGUCUCCUCCGCGUCCCCUCUACCUCCAUCCGGCGUGAGAUUUAAAACUCGUCCCCUCCUUCUCCUGCUUCCUCCCCCCCCCACCCGUCCCCCUUGGGGCCAGCGGGGCGCCCCCUCCCUCUCCCUUCCCCCUCCCCCUCCCCUCUCCCCCCAUGGACAUGCUGGAACCCGGACUGGAUACAGCCACCGCCGCCGCUGCUUCCAGCCACGAGAAAGAUCAAGAAAGUGAAGAUGGAGUUGAGCUACGGGAAGGGGACGGCACAAAUGCAGAUGAACAGACCGCAGUGGCCAUUGCCAGUGUCCAGCAAGCAGCUUUUGCAGACCAUAAUAUUCAGUAUCAGUUUCGAACAGAGAACAAUGGUGGACAGGUGACAUACAGAGUAGUUCAGGUGACGGACAGUCAGCUGGAUGGACAAACGGAUGCAACGGGGGCCGUUAGUGUGGUCUCAACCGCAGCUUUCACCAGUGGUCAGCAAGCUGUUGCUCAGGCUGUGAUUCAGAACCCUUUCAGUAAUGGUGGGAGCCCAGCCACAGAUGCUGUGAGCGGUGAAGCCCGUUUUGCAUACUUCCCUGCUUCCACCGUGGGGGAUGCCACCGCAGUGUCCGUACAGACAACUGAUCAGUCGCUGACACAAGCUGGAGGUCAGUUCUACGUGAUGAUGACCCCCCAAGACGUGUUGCAGACGGGAACGCAACGUACGAUAGCUCCCCGCACCCACCCCUAUUCCCCGAAAAUGGACGGGACGCGAACGCCCCGGGAUGAGAGGAGAAGAGCUCAACACAACGAAGUUGAACGGAGGAGGCGGGACAAGAUCAACAAUUGGAUCGUACAGCUGUCAAAAAUCAUUCCAGACUGCAAUACAGACAACAGCAAGACAGGGGCGAGCAAAGGGGGCAUCCUCUCCAAAGCCUGUGACUACAUCCGGGAGCUGCGCCAGACGAACCAGCGUAUGCAGGAGACGUUCAAGGAAGCCGAGAGGCUUCAGAUGGAUAAUGACCUGCUACGGCAACAGAUCGAGCAGCUGAAGAACGAAAACGCCCUUUUGAGAGCACAGCUUCAACAGCACGGAAUUGAAAUGGUGGGCGAUGCCCCAGGGCAGUAGCCCCUUUUUUCGCCUCUGCCUACACGCCGAACGAAUCUCAGCAUCUCCAGUUCUUCUGGGGUUUUUUUUUUAUAUAAACCGAAUCCCCUCUGAAUCCCGACAACAAUGACACACCAAAACCAUGGCCUGCGGAUCCGUUUGAGGGCAGGGAUGUGGGGAGGGGAGGGGCAGGAGGGAGGAGGUAGUGGAGUCAGGGGACUUGGGGGGGGGGGGGCUUUUCUACCCCAAACCUUGCUACUGCUCUAAAAGGUGCAUCCUUGUCUCCCUCCCUCUGUCCUCCCUUUCUUUCCCCCGGGACGUAUUAAGAUUUAACAGGCAAAAUCCUGCAAUUUUUUUUUAUAUAUAUAUAUAUAUAUAUAAUAGAUUUUUAACACGGGUUCACUGACUUCUGUCGCCCUUUCCUGGGUGGGGACUCGAGGGAGGUGGGGAGCACACACCCUUCCUUGAGUUUGGCUGUUUAAAAGGAAAAAAAAACAAAACCCCCUAGAUUUUUCUCUUGUCUCUUCUGCACGUUUUGGGCCUCUUGCAACCCAGGGCACUCUCCUGUUUGGGUGCAAACAUAGCCAGAGGGACUCCUUGUCAGAGGUACGUCUGGUGUAAUGGAAAAAAAAAAUGCACCGGGUCAGCUUCACACACACAUAUACACACACACAUGCACACUCCGUGCAUGAACUAGCCAGUUAAUUUGAACACGGCCUGCAGACAGUGAGCGCACCGUUUCGUGACGAGGUUGGAAACGGGCUUAGGCAGAAAAAAAAAAGAAAAGAAAAAAACUUGCAUUUGCAGGCAAGGUGCGUUCUUUUCUUUUUUUUCUUUUUAAUCUAUCUCAGUUUCUGGGGACUUGCAAAUCCAACCAACAGGAUUUUUAGCUGCAUUUUGUCCCCGAGAGAACAAGCAUGAUGCCGAAUUUAUGCCUUUUUGCUCCCGCCCUCUUAACUCAAGGCACCCAGUUCCUCCAAUCAUUGUCUCACAUUCUUUUACUUUCCCAUUUUGUAAGGCACUGGGCAGAAACACCCCCUCCCCCCCAAAAAAAGUUCCCCCUUCAGUCACCCUCCCUGUCUCUGUCUUUUUCUCUUUCCCCUUCUCUUUCUUGUAAGUAAUCUUUAUUUUAUUAGUUUAAAAGCGCGUUUGUAUAGAGGUACGGUGUUUGUAUGAUAGCUGAAACCCAGGUCGUUAGGAAAGGCAAUAGUGGUGGGUUGAAUGACAACAGGGUUGCUUUUUUUGUGUGUGUUUUUUGAUAUUAUAUAAUUUUUUAAUUAAACUUCAGCAGUGUUUUAGGAUUUCAGGUUAAAAGAAAAAAAAAUCAGGAGAUGAGUUUUUUUUUUAAAAAAAGAAAUCUCUAUUUUGUGUCCUUCCCUUCUACCCACUUCUGAACAGAAUUUUUUUUAAAUAAAAGAAAAACAAUAAAUGGUUCCUAAAAUGAUAAAAUACUAUUGUAACAGCAAGUAACGUAGAUCUGAUUUUUUUUAAAAAAAGAUAUCUAUAUAUACCAGUCACCUGUCCUUCCCUAAAAAAAAGGAAAAAAAAAUAUCUUUAAGGUUGCCAACUGGAUUUAUAGUCACAAUUUGUACUGUUUGAUCCUGUUGACACCUCCGUGAAUAUGAGGAGGGGGAAAAAAAAACAAAGCAAAAAUCAGGCAGAAAAAAAAGCAUAUGGUAUAUAUAAAUAUAUAUGUUAAAAAAGAAGAUUAAGGAGUUGGCUUGCGGAGUUUGUUGCAAAGUAGGAAAUCUGUUUAUAUAUAAAAAAGAAAAAACCUGCACAGAAAAAAAA